AUGAAUAACUAAACUAAUCUCACUUUAUAGGUUUACAGUAAAAAUAUAUUUUUUGAUCACCCCUAUGAAUUAACAUAUAUCGGAGAUAAAAUUUUAUUUUAUAAGGUAUGAUAAUCACAUUCUUAUAUAUAAAGCUAAUGCAAGGAGUUUAUAUAUUCAGAUUUCAACUUUUGAUAAGAAUAAUCACUCAAAUUAAGUGGAUAAUCAAAAUUGAAGAUAGUUUACCUAAAUUUAUUGGAUUCACAAUAAAAAUUAAGAAAAAAUCUAAAAAUUUCAUUUGUAAAGAUGUUGAUGGACUUAAAAAGUAUAUUAUUUCAAGAAUUGAAUUUUAGAUUAAAGAAUUUGCUUAGUUGUAGAUGUAGUUUUACUAAUUUUGAUGAAUUAUAUAAUGUAAAAAGUGAGAUAAGUAAAGGGUCUUCAGGAAAUGUGAAAAAAAUUUAAUGUAAAUCAACUGGUAAUGAAUUAGCUGUUAAAUAUAUAAACAAAAAGGAUUUAACACCUUUAAAUUAUGUAAAAUAAUAUAUACAAACUUAAGUCAAUCUUAGAAUAAGAAAUAGCAUUGAUGAAUAUAGUCAAAGGAUAUGAUUAUUUUGUGAAAAUUCAAGAUUUAUAUUAGGAUGAUUAAUAUUAUUUAAUCAUUAUGAAAUAUUUGGAAGGAUAUUCAUUAUCUCAUUAUCUGGAAAAUAAUAAAAAAAUGAAUAAAACAUUCUCAUUGUUUUAAAUAUUCUCUAUAAUGAAACGGCUAUUUGAAGCAUUAAUUAAAUUAUCUUAAUUGGAAGUAAAUAUAAAUUUAUAUAUAGAUUAUACAUAGAGAUAUUAAACCAUAAAAUUUAGUUUUAGCUGAAGAAGAUGAUUUCAAUUCUCUCACUAUAAUUGAUUUUGGAUUUGCAACCUUUACCAAUAUUAACAGAUAUCUUUUGUAUAAAUGUGGAACACCUGGAUAUGCAGCACCAGAAGUGCUUAAUUCUCAAUGCACUUAUUAUUCAUUUAGUUGUGAUGUUUUUAGUAGUGGUUGUCUGCUUUAUCAAUUGUAAUUAAAUUAUUGAUUAUUUUAGAUUAUUUAAUGAAUUACCUUUUAAAGGUGAUACAGUGGAAUAGCUAAUACACAACAAUAGAAUUUGUUAAAUAAAUUUUUAAAAACAAAAAUCUAAUAUUUUUUCAGCUAGUAUUAUUGUAAGAUAUUUAUGUAUUAUUAUAGAAUCUUUUAAAAUCUCUAUUAGAAAAAAAUAUAUCUGACAGAAUCUCUUUGAAUGAUGCUUAUGAAUAAGUUUCAACUUUGUAUAAUCUCUAUAAGCAAAGAUGUGAAACUGAAGAUUGUCAUGAUUCAUCUCCACUUGUUAAUAGAUUACCUAAUUUUGAUUUCUAAAUUGGAAGAAUAUUUGAGUAAAGUUCAAUAAUAAAUAGAGAUCAAAUUAAAGAAUUUGUUUUAAGUUGA